GAAUAAUUUAGAUAGGCAAACGCAAAUUACGUUUGAAUAUAUAGUUUAAUAUAAUGGUUGUUAAGGCAGCCCCUUAAACAAUACAUUGAAGAAAUGGAAAUGCUAAUCAUGAAGUCAAAUGUUUCCUGAGCUAGCUGUCUGUGUCUGCGUGGCACCUGACAAUAGAACCCAGGAUGCUUCCAGUGGCAUUCCCGUUGUUUUCUUCAAAACCAGUGCUCGUCUUCUAUUCUCAAACUCAUAAAAACCCAGCCUUUCUUCACCCUUUGGAUAGUACUCACCAUCUGAUCUUCAUCUAUCACCCAAGGAAGUCAUGAUGUACCAAGAAGCAGCACUCCUCUUAGCUCUCCUCUUCAUCUCUUCGAAUGUCGUCUUAUCGGCCCCAGUCCGCGAUGGUUUAUUACCAAACGGCAACUUCGAGUUGGGUCCUAAACCCUCCCAAAUGAAAGGAUCCGUGGUUAAGGAACGAACCGCCGUACCAAACUGGAACAUAAUCGGCUUUGUGGAGUUCAUUAAAUCCGGUCAGAAACAAGAUGACAUGGUCUUGGUCGUACCGCAGGGUUCCUCCGCCGUUAGACUAGGCAACGAAGCCUCAAUCUCCCAGAAAAUAUCCGUCCUACCUGGCCGUCUGUACUCAAUAACGUUCAGCGCCGCUCGAACCUGCGCUCAAGACGAGAGGCUCAAUAUAUCCGUGACGCAUGAGUCAGGUGUGAUCCCUAUCCAGACGAUGUACGGCAGCGAUGGUUGGGACUCAUACUCAUGGGCUUUUAAAGCUGGUGGUCCCGAAAUCGAGAUCCGGUUCCAUAACCCUGGUGUUGAAGAGCACCCGGCUUGCGGACCUUUGAUCGACGCCGUGGCUAUCAAGGCUUUGUUCCCUCCCAGAUUCUCUGGAUAUAAUCUGAUAAAGAAUGGGAAUUUCGAAGAAGGACCUUACGUGUUUCCCACGGCAAAAUGGGGAGUACUGAUCCCACCGUUCAUCGAGGACGAUAACAGCCCAUUGCCCGGUUGGAUGAUCGAGUCUCUCAAAGCCGUUAAGUACGUAGACAAAGCACACUUCGCUGUCCCCGAAGGACACCGAGCCAUCGAGCUUGUUGGAGGCAAAGAGAGCGCCAUUUCUCAGAUAGUGAGGACGUCACUGAACAAAUUCUACGCCCUCACGUUCAACGUGGGAGACGCCAGAGACGGUUGUGAGGGACCAAUGAUUGUGGAAGCGUUCGCUGGACAGGGCAAGGUCAUGGUGGACUACGCUUCUAAAGGAAAAGGCGGGUUUAGACGUGGGAGGCUUGUGUUCAAGGCAGUGUCGGCCAGGACACGUGUCACUUUCUUGAGCACGUUUUACCACAUGAAAAGCGAUCACUCUGGCUCGCUAUGUGGUCCGGUGAUCGAUGAUGUUAGGCUGGUAGCGGUUGGGAAACUCCGAGGAUGAAAGUUGGGGUCGUUGACUCAUUCGGUUGAAUAUACUACAUUAAUGGAUAAUUGUAAUUCAUGUUACAUAAUAAAAAUGUAAUUUACGAACUAGUCCCACAAAAUUUAUUAACUAGUUAAUCACCGUUUCAACAUAUAUUAUAUAUAACGGAGUUUCAUUUUUU